AUGUUUGCUGCCAUGGGGUACCUCACCAGUGUUCUGACCGAAUCGUGGCUCGGUGACUUCUUCCAAGAAUACCUCUGGAAGCCGAUGAGAAUGAACGAGACCUAUUUCUCACUGUCGGAUGCCGAGAGAAGCGGAUUAGUCCUGGCAAGGGAGUAUUAUUAUGACUCCCUUCAUAAGAAACACUUUGAGGUCCCUCACGAUCCAUCCUCUGCAGAAGAAGGCGCAGGGGGCAUAAUCUCGACGGUGCUUGACUACGCAAAGUAUCUCCGCGUCAUGAUAAACGAGUCGGCCCCAUUAUCAAAGGUGGGCCUUCGAGAAAUCAAGACACCCCGGAACCUUGUACCAUCGUCAAAGGUACCCUAUGUAGGGCCUGUGACAUACGCACUUGGUUGGGGUGGCGCUGUGUUAGAAGGCGAGCAGAUGUAUUCACACAACGGCGCAGUCACCAUGUUCAUAUCUACCAUGAUGAUGAUACCGUCCAAGCAAAUCGGUGUGGCAGUUUUCACAAAUACCGACGCUAGUGCCCCUGAGAUUAUCGCGCACCACAUCAUGUGGGAGCAUUUGGGUAUGCCCAAGGACAAAAGAUACGACAUCAACAAGCGGCUCCUCUCUGAGUACAAAGAACAGCUUGAGGAUUUCCAGAAAUGUGCCGAACUCCUGUGCCCGUCCCUCCCGGACCCGCCAUAUCUACCUACACUGCCUAUCUCGGAACAUGUCGGCGAAUUCUUUGAUCCUGGGUACGGCACUCUCAAAGUCGACUUAAAUUGCUCUAAAUUGGUUGCAAAAUGCAAGCUUCGAAUUCUGGGUGUUGGCGGAGAUGCGUUUGCCUACCUAGAGUCCGCAGUUUAUCUAGAGCCAAUGUCCGGCAACUCUUGGCUUGGUCGUGAAUUUUUCGAUGCUGGGUCAACCGAAAACGUCCUUGUGCCCAUAAUUUGCACGCCUGUCGAGUUCAAAGUAGACGUACAGGGAAAAGUGUCGCAUCUGGGAAUUGGGGUUAGAAUGGAAGGGCCCGGUCAACCUCUUACAUGGUUCAAGCGCAUCUGA